AUGCCGUGGCUUGAGCUCACACCACCGCUGCCACUGCCCGCGCCCCCUCGCGUCAAAAAACUAAAGACGCUACCGACUGAGAUUUACACCACGACGCUCAACUACCUCCUUUCCAACGACUUGAUACUGCGCCAGACUUUACCCUACCUACCGCCGUCCUCCGUUCUUAAGCUCGCCGCAACUUCGCGCGGCUUCCGGGACUUGAUUUACCACACGCCCGGUGCGCUUCGCCACCUCGACCUGACUGAUGUCAAGGCCGCACAUCUCGGCAGCGAUGCACUAGAUGGAUUCCCCAGCGCAGGCCAGCCUGACAGGCUGCUCACCGAAGACGAAUACUACUCCGCUCCCCUGCGCAACAUCUUCUCCAAGCUCGGCCGCGCCAGUCUUCUACCCUCUGUGCAGACUCUCAUACUGGACGGCCUCUCUGUGACUGCGGAGCUGGUUCAUGACCUUAUCACGGACCCAUCUCUCAAUAUUCGCAUACUGUCUCUCCGGGGAGUCAAAAACCUCAACGAGGGAAAGCUACAACAGAGCCUACAAACCAUCUGCAGACCUGGUAGGCCCAUAGGAACGCCCCGAAUCCAGGGUAUAUAUCUGUUCACGACGCCGUCCACUCAGACCCAGAGCUCCACGCCGGGCUCCUCCCGUGCGUCGUCUCCAGGCUCUGAAUGGGAAGUCCAACCCACAUGGCCCGACGGCCAGGACAGCUGGUACCAGAGCCGCGGGCGGGCGCUUGCUCGGUCUGUAUCCCCCGAGUGGGCCCGUACGAUCCAGGCCUGCCGCGGCAUCAUAUCAUUCGACGCCAUCUUGUGCGCCGGUCCGCGCCACCUCAACUCCCCAGCGCUCGGGCUGGUAGACGUAUCGCAUGCCAACGGCCGCGAGGUUCCGCAGUGGGCGGUUGCGACGCACGCGCUCGAUGGCUGCUCAGGCUGUGGCGCUGCGCCCGAGGGGAUCACGGAGUGGGGGAGGUCGGAGAGGGGUGACUGCCCGCUUUUGGAACCCAUGCCGCUGCAUUCGAGCACUGUCAAGGCCGCAGGUCGGCCGUCGCAGGCGGAGGGUGCAAGGUUUGUCGCUCGGUGCGCAGACUGUCUAUGGAACAGGCAUUGCAACAGCUGCCUCAAGUGGUGGUGCGAAGCAUGCUAUUCCAGUAUUGGAGGAGCCAACUCGAAGGCUGGCGUUGCCAAGGAUUGCUGGGAAUGUGGCCCCAACUGCUUUGAAUGUAUCUCUGCAACUCAGAGGACCUGCAAGAGCUGCUGUGGCGGCUACUGUAUCAUCCAUAACGAGGGUUCGACUUCGACUCACGUGAGUAAAUACGCCCAACACACCGACGAUUUUUGA